AUGACUACAAUUAAGCGAAAGGCCUUGUCAAUUCAAGAAAAAAUUAAGAUAUUGAAUGUUUUUGAUAAAAAAUCACAAACUAAAAAUCAAACUCAGUUAGCUGCCGAGCUUCAGUUGCCAGUGUCGACGUUACGUACCAUUUUGAAGAAUAGAGAAGAAAUCAAGGAAAAAUACAGAUUGGGAGGUGUGCAGAGAAAAAAACAAAAGGUAGGAAAGUUUGAUAAAUUAGAAAAAGUUUUGGUGGAAUGGUUUCAUCAAGCUCGGGCUUUAAAACUGCCCAUAAGUGGGCCUAUAAUAUGCGAAAAAGCGCGUAAAAUUGCUGAAUGCUUACAAAUUGCUGAUUUUAACGCUUCAAAUGGCUGGAUAGAUCGUUUUAAAAAUCGCCACGGCAUUGUGUACCGUCAAAUCAGUGGGGAAUCGGAGACAGUAGCCCAACAAGAUGUUGAUAGAUGGAUGGCAACACUUCCCGAAUUGUUACAAAAUUACGAACCGCGAGACAUUUUUAACGCAGGCGAGUUCGGUUUAUUUUUUAAAUUAAUGCCAGAUAAAUCCUAUGUUUUCAAGGGAGAGACUUGUCACGAUGGCAAAGCAAGUAAAGAGAGACUGACUGUCCCGGCCUGUGCCAAUUCUGAUGGGUCAGAAAAGUUACGUUUGCUGGUGAUUGGUAAGGCGAAAAAUCCACGUUGUUUUAAAAACGUAAGAUCACUCCCUGUAACAUAUGAUGCUCAAUCUCGAUCUUGGAUGACCGCCAUUCGAUUCAUCGAUUGGUUAAAAGCUCUAGAUGAUCACCUCCAGAUUAAAUGUAGACGCAUAAUUCUCUUCAUUGAUAACUGCCCCGCUCACCCUAAAGGUGUUGAACUAAACAAUAUCAAGCUUGUUUACUUACCUCCAAAUUCGACAAGCAAGUUACAACCGAUGGAUCAGGGUAUCAUUAAGGUCCUUAAACAAGGUUACAGGACAAGAUUAGUACAUCGCUAUCUUCGAGAAAUAGAAGACCCUGAUAGCAAGCGACCCUUGACUGUACAUGAUGCAAUUCUAAACAUUGCAGCAGCUUGGGAAGCAAUUAAGCCUGAAACCAUUCAAAAUUGUUUCAAGAAAUCAGGUUUCAGAAAUAACGAGGUUGAGGUCGUGUUGGAAGAAGAAGAACCCGUAAUACUGCAGGGUUUUCCUGGAUAUUCUUCCAUUGAUGAUAAUGUGGCAUCGUACGAAAUUCAAUCAAUUGAAGAUCUUAUUGAGAAUGUGAAUAAUACACAAGAAGAGGCUGAAAGUGAUAAUGAUCAAGAAGAUGAGUCAACUCCGAUUUUGUCACACGCCCAGGCAUUAUCAGCAGUUAAUGAUUUAAGACGCUAUGUAACUUCUUUGAAUCAAAGCGAAGACGCACUACAAAAGUUAAAUUACGUUGAAAAUCUUGUAAUUUCUAAUGCCUCAAAAUCUUUUUGUCGAACUAAAAUAAGUGAUUAUUUUAAAUAACGUGAUAGAUACACGGCACUUUAUAUAACGUAGGUACAUAAUUUUUAAAUGUAUAAUUCAAUACCUAAUAUUAAUACAUACGUAUGUAGUA